AUGGGUGGCCCAACCGUUUCUGGCGCGCGCAAUCGCGGUCCAGGGAUCCGCCGCACAUUUCGAAGGGCGCCUUCCAUAUUCAGGUCGUCCUACUGGGGUCAGUUCAGGGCGAAGUUCAGGUCUGAUUCCCACGUGGCGAGGGGCGCAACGUGCAAGUGCGAUCACAAUGACGAUGGCGAUGUUUCCACCACGGCCAGCCUCAGCAAGUCAAGCAGCCGAACACCCAGCGAGUUCGACGACGUGAUGUGCUGCCAAGCCAGCAGUGGCUUUGUGUGCGGCGCGGACAUGCCCGGUGUGCCAGAGCUGCCAAACAGCCCCCGCGCUUCAGCGAGGCCCGACAUGAGCACGCGCCAAUCCUCGCGAAGGGGAGGAAGCGAGAGUUGGAAGAUGCAAGAUUUCGAGAUCGUGAGAACUCUUGGUCAUGGCCAUAUGGGUUCAGUUUGUAUGGUCAGGCAUGCCAGUGGCAAAAACGCCACGCCGUAUGCGCUCAAGGUAAUCGAAAAAUGGCAGGUCGUCAGGGAGCACCAAGUUGCACGCGUGAUGCAAGAGAAGCAGCUCCUCGGACUUGCCAGCCAUCCGUUUGUCGUCAGGUUGAUGGGCACGUUCCAGGACGAGUCGCGCCUCUUCAUGCUCACGGAGCUUGUUGACGGCGGCGAGCUGUUCUAUGCCAUGAGAAGCGCCAAGUUUGACGAUGCGUGUGCGCAUUUCUUCGCUGCUGAGAUCACGCUUGCACUCGGUCAUACUCACAGUCUGGAUAUCGCAUAUCGUGACCUCAAGCCAGAAAACGUGGUAAUCGAUUCUAUGGGCCAUGCGAAGAUCAUCGAUUUUGGGAUGGCUAAAGUAGUCCGAACAAAAACGCACACAGUGUGCGGGACUGCGGAGUACAUGGCGCCCGAAGUAUUGUCCAACAUUGGACAUGGCAAGUGUGUGGACUGGUGGGCGCUCGGCAUCCUGAUCUUCGAAAUGCUCGCGUCCGAGACUCCCUUCCAGGGGCGCACCGCGAGAGAGAUUUACAAGAACGUGCUCGAUCGCGAUCCGCGGUGCCCCCCCUACUUCAGCAGCGUGGCCAAGAGCAUCGUCUACUUGCUCCUGAUCAAAGACCAGACGCUGCGCCUGGGCAGCGGCGCUGGCGGCAGCGAGCGCGUCCAGUGCCACCCGUGGUUCUCCACCGUGGAGUGGGGCGACCUCCUCCAGCAGAGGUGCACCUCGCCCUUUCUGCCGGGCUCGAGCGGCGGCGGCGGGCCCGCCGCGUGCGGCGGCCCCCCCGAGCGGGAGGCCGGCGGCAGCGCCGCGGGCGGCCUCCCGCAGGAGGCGGGCGCCCACGCCACGGGCGGCCUCUCCGAGGCGCAGCAGCAGCUGUUCCGGGGCUUCUGA